AUGCAGCCACUUGUGCUUCAUGCCCACGCCACUGGCCCCAACCCCAUCAAGGUCGCUCUCGCGCUCGAAGCCUUGCAUCUUCCCUACAACGUGCAACAAUGGCAGUUUGGCGACGACCCUAAGAACGGUGUCAAGGGUGAGACUUUCCUGCAUAUCAAUGAGAACGGCCGUGUUCCGGCGUUGGAGGAUCCCAACACCGGCGUGACGUCGUGGGAAUCCGGCGCUUGCUUAAACUACGUCCGGCGCGUGUACGACAAGCAGAAUAUUCUGGGACCUGUAGGCGACACGGAGCAGGACAGGGUGGAUUUUGACAAGUGGGAGUACUUCCUGCUUACUACUCUGGGACCCAUGACGGGACAGACCAACUGGUUCCGACACUAUAACGGGACCCCAAAUGACAACGCUUUGGAACGAUACGCCGCACAGACAUACCGGUGUUACGAUGUGCUUGAAGGCCAGCUCAAGAAAUCCGGCGGACGCAGUAUCCUGCCCGGGCGUAUCACGGCCGUGGACUACCAUUUUGAACCGUGGGUGCGGCAAUACGAAUUUGCAGGAUUGUCGCUGGACAAGUAUCCUAACAUUGCUCGGUGGUUGCGGGAGAUCACUGCAAGCGAGGAAGUCAGGCAGGCCUAUACAAAGGUCAAGGGAGCCGCUCCGGAGUUUCCUUGA